UUCCCACGUUUUUCUUCUUUUCGACGCGACACAUAUUUCCUUCAUGCUGCGUGCUCGAUUUCUUGCUGCGACAGCAGGACUAAAGGACCGCCCUUGUAGAGCUUCCUGUCCCUAUCGACUACAGAAACAAAUACUCUGUCGAUACUUGAAUGGUCCUGCACCUCAAUUACUAGACCAAAAUGACGACGACCCGCUACGGCCAUGGGCUACAGAGACUUACAUCAAGCCGAUAAGGCCCAUCACAGCUCAUUCCUUAGGAACCUUACCUCCGGAGCCUGCUGAGGAAAGGGUCAAAAUGGUACCGACGCAGAAAGAGCUGGAAGAGUUUAUGCCGAACCUAGUGCGCUUUGGAUGGACCAUUCGCUCCCUGUCGAGGCAUACCGAAUUUGGCUGGGCUCUGCACAUGGCGUACAAGUUUUCGGACUAUGCAACGAUGAUCUCUUUUGUUGGUCUGGUGGGUGGUGUCGCGAAGGAUGAACAUCAUCAGCCUAAAACAUUAAGUUGCACAGACAAUAUGCUUGAAAUAGAGCUGUGUUCUACGCAAGUAACUCGUCACCCUUCCGACGAACUCACUGGCCGGUGCUUUACGGUUAAAGAUAUGCGGUUCGCAUACCGUGUUCAACGACAUUAUCUCUCCAGAAUUGGCGUCACAACUGCAGAUCUUGAUGAACGGUACACACAAGUGCGACAGCAUACAGCAUACAUCAAGUCUGGUCUUCUGAGGAAAGCCAUUCAUUAUCAUUGGCAUGGAGGACAGGGGAACCUUCGUUUUUCCGCGACUUGCUCGGCGUGUUAUAACCCUGAUCAUAAGAUCGACAGUUGUCCUCAAAGACAUAAAAUACCACCCAGACACCCGUGUUCAGAGUGCGGAGAACCUCAUUGGAGAGUCGAUUGUCCGCAUCUGCGCAAGGAGCCCACGCAAGGUUUUUCCGUUCAUUAUAUUGACAGGAAAAUGGCCCGAAACGAAAACACAGUUCCAGGACCUCCCAAGCCCAUCACACGGAAGAUUCACGACGUAAAUACUACUUUAAGCGAAGCGUACAGAAGGCUUGCUGAGAAUGGAGAUGCUUCCGAUGUAAAGAGAUAUAUUGAACAUCCAGAACAAUGAUAAUUUCCCAUUUUUUCACAAUAUCAAGG